CUCUCCAGUCAAUGCGUUGAGGCAGCAGCAGGAAUCCUGCGUGUGGUUCAGUGGCUGGAGGACAGCAGCAGCAGCAGCAGCAGCAGAAGGAGCAGGAUACAUCCCAAACCGAGCUGACCUGACCAGCAUGAUGGAGACUGUGAGAACCGUGGCUUGCCUGUACCUGCUGGUGGGCGUCUCGCUCCAGGUGGACGCGAAAAGUGGGAAGGAGACGGCGAGAGUCGGGAAUUUCAUGGAAGAUGAGCAAUGGCUGUCAACCAUCUCUCAGUACAGCCGUAAGACCAAACACUGGAACCGCUUCAGAGAUGAAGUUGAGGACGACUACAUCAGAAAUGCAGAGGAGACCACCGGCUCUGACGAAACUGUCGACACCACUAAGGACCCCUGCCAGAAUGUGAAGUGCAGUCGGCAUAAGGUGUGCGUUGCUCAGGGCUACCAGAGGGCCACAUGCAUCAAUCGCAAGAAACUGGAGCAGAGAGUUAAACAGUCAGGACAACAAGAGCUACAUGAAAGCAGCUGCAAGCCUUGCCCUGUUGCGGCAUCUUCACCAGUAUGUGGCUCCGAUGGACACAACUAUGCUUCAGAGUGUAAGUUGGAGCAGCAGGCUUGCCUCACAGGUAAAGACCUGAGGAUCAUGUGUUCCGGAUUUUGCCCCUGCGCCACUGCUCCUGCUGCAAACACUGACAUAAGACGUGAGAGCUGCACCGGCCAGGAUCUGGCUGACUUGGGCGACCGCCUCAGGGACUGGUUCCAGCUCCUUCAUGGAAAUGCGAAGCAGAACAACUCUGGCAAGCCGGGAGCUGGUGCCACCUCAGUGCUGGAAAAAAGCCUGGUAGCCAGCUGCAAGGACUCCAUCGGCUGGAUGUUCUCUAAGCUGGACACCAACGGCGACCUGUAUCUGGACCAGACGGAGCUGGCCGCCAUUAACCUGGACAAGUAUGAGAUCUGCAUCCGGCCCUUCUUCAACUCCUGUGAUAGCUACAAGGAUGGGAAGGUCUCCACGGCAGAGUGGUGCCUCUGCUUCUGGAGAGAAAAGCCGCCGUGCCUUGCCGAGCUGGAGAGGAUCCAAGUGCAGCAGGCAGCCAAGAAGAAACCCGGCACCUAUAUUCCCAGUUGUGAUGAGGAUGGCUACUACAGGAAAGUGCAGUGUGAUCAGAGCCGAGGGGAAUGCUGGUGUGUCGACCUGCAUGGAGAGAUGGUGGGCUCCAGAGUCCAUGGAAACCCAGACUGUGAUGAAGUAACUGGAUAUUCUGGAGACUUUGGUAGUGGAGUCGGAUGGGAAGAUGAAGAGGAGAAGGAGGCAGAUGAUAACGGGGAGGAAGCAGAGGAGGAGGAAGAGGAAGAGGGCGAGGCAGAUGAUGGAGGGUACAUCUGGUAGAAGUGUCUGACCCUGAACAGAGAGCACAGCAGCUGACCUAAAAGUCAACAGGCAUGGCUCUCACCUUAAAGAGUGGAUUUUGGGGGGGGAAACUGGAGAGGAAUGAAGUUAUUAUUGAUCUUAAGGUGCCAGACAGGUUCAAUAAGAAGACGAUGACCAGUUAUUUUCCUUUCUUAGAUACGUGUAAUUGCUUCAACCUUUACUCUGUUUUUGAGUAACAGAGCUUUGUGUUUUUCUGUCCUGAAAAAGGGGUAGCCACUGACUGUCGCGCCAUUGGUAAGUAAAGUCCGUAAAAAUUUGUAUCUUGUACUAUCACCAUCUAUGCAUAGAGAGAUUACAAGUAUUUUGUAUUGUGUAAACAGUUGCUUAAGUAUUAAAGUUGCCAUCUCACUGGAAAUAUUAGAGACUGGGCAUGAAACAAACAGUUUGACACUUUGGGAGAUAAGCUUAUUUGUUUUCUUUAAAAUAGUUAGAUGAGAUGAUCAAAACCACUAUAAACAAACAAUAAAAUUGGUAGUUUUAGUGCAAAAUCCCAUUUUGAAGUGUUAUAUGCCAGACUUUGCAGAAAGUUACAACACCAAAAUUGAAAAUGUUCUAGCAAACAUAGCUAAUCAAAAUCUGAGGGUUUUUUUAACACUACACAUCGAACAAGAACAAUAUAUUGCAGGAUUUACUAGGCUUUUAAAGAGCGGAAAGUAAGUAAAAUUAAUUUUCCUUCAAUUAUAGGUCAAACCAAUUCAGCACAACAACUACAGCAUGUGAAUAACAUUGAUUAUCCCAUAUUCUCUAGUAAUUGAUUGCACUGGGUUUAUUUAGGGGUACCAGAGUAAACAGGGCUAAACAUAAAUGCACACCCCAAUUUUCAUAUUUGUAUUUGACAAAUAUUAACAGUUAUUAUUGAUAAAGUACAUACAGACUCAGUUACAUCAACAGAUGCAGUGAGUAUAUUCAUAUAUCAUCUAACUAUAUAGCUUCAUAGCUGAUCUGUGGAAAAGGAUCAGUGUGGUGUAGAAAGUUAAACUCCAAAACCUUAUUUGGGACAUUUGAAAAAUUUUUGGGUGAAGUCCUUCAGUUGCCCCCAUGUUCCAGACAGAAACUUCAUGAUACCAGCAACAAUUUUUUUAAGAAGCAGAGACGCAAACUAAAGUCUUGCGAGCUUCAGCGAUGUUUUAGUGUGCAAAAGUAGCUACUAACAGACAGAACUGAAUUUUAGUGAUGCAGCACAGCAAAGUUGAAACUGGAAGAUGGAAAAUCAGCAUUUUAACACAAUUUUUAAAGAUAUUUUUCCUAGCAAUUGUGUUUCGCAAUUUUGGGUAUUCAAGAUUAGCAACCAGAACACAGAUUCAUCCAGCAGUCCCUGAAAUCCCACCAGUGUUUGCAGGAUGACUCGGCUGAGAAAAGCUGUGGCUGUGCCUCUCUGCUAUUGAAGCGUUGGAUGCCAGAAGUUAUUUCCCUUCGGAAAAGUUGUCAUUUUGUGUGUGGAUCUUACAAAAGUGGCACUUUGUAAAAACGGCACACAUUCUGCAUCUGAUAAUACACAAGGAAACAAAAAAUACAGUCUCAGAACCCAGUAGCUUCCAUAUAAUCCCCAAAACAUUGGUUUUAAAUUUCAAAAUAUCUAAAAAAAGAAAAGACAAAUAAAAAUGUUUAAAUCUACAAUGACAAAAACAGAAAAUGAGGCAAUGUCAACAACUUCACUAUAUGUCCUGGUGCUGGUGCUUGUGAACCUUGUUUUCACCACCAAAUUAAAAAGUAAUCAGUGGUUUAUUAAUCCCUGAUUAUUGAGCAAAUAAUCAUAUUUACUAAAUUGUCAAACUGUUUCUUUAAAGAUAUUCAGUUGUUAUGUACUUUAAAAAUCAACAUGUAUAUAAUCCAGUGUACAAGUUUAGAGGAUUUCAGGUUGCUUUGACUUUAAGCUACCUUCAGUGACUGAGAUGCACCACAAACCAACACAGUUUUAAGUGUAUGUUUUCUGAAUUAAAAUGGAUGCACACAGCUUUACAUGGCCUACUGUACAUUUCCAGUUUGGGGACUCAAACCGCAAGCACAAUAGAAGCUGCUGUCCUUUGCUAACUCUGACACCAUGUUGAAGAAUGUGCCACAACUGCUAUUUUUCUGGGUUUGCGACUUGAAAUACUGGAUUUUGUGUUUGUAAAGAAAAAAAAGUGCAUUACUUGAAGUUCUGUGUGUAUACUUGAAUUCACACUGGUUUUGUUUUCUAUGAGGAUAUUGUUGCCAUGUCUUUGCUCAUGCUAUCAACAGGGCAGAUGUUUGUUUUUAGUAUUGCAUGUUAGUAAGAAUGUACUUCUAUGCUGAGCACUUUACAAAUAAAGGCACUGGGGCCAA